GUACCAAAAAAAAAAAGGGGCUAUUUUUUUUUUCUCUCUAUCUCUUCUCUCCCGGGGAUUAUGUCAGUUACAGUCCGGAGGAGCAAUAGGAGAAAUGAAAGAGAAAUCGAAAAACGCUGCCAAGACCAGGAGAGAGAAGGAAAACGGGGAAUUUUACGAAUUGGCCAAGUUAUUGCCUCUGCCCUCAGCCAUCACCUCCCAGUUGGACAAGGCUUCCAUCAUCAGACUCACCACCAGUUACCUGAAGAUGAGGGCUGUCUUCCCUGAAGGUCUGGGAGAUGCCUGGGGACAGUCGAGUCGUAUCAGCCCUUUGGACAAUAUGGCCAGAGAACUGGGAUCACACUUGCUUCAGACUCUGGAUGGCUUUGUCUUUGUAAUCGCCUCUGAUGGGAAAAUCAUGUACAUUUCAGAGACUGCCUCGGUCCAUUUGGGCCUGUCCCAGGUGGAGUUGACUGGGAAUAGCAUUUACGAGUAUAUCCAUCCUUCUGACCACGAUGAGAUGACUGCAGUGCUCACUGCACACCAGCCUCUGCAUCCACACCUGCUGCAAGAGUACGAGAUUGAGCGCUCCUUCUUUCUGAGAAUGAAAUGCGUUCUGGCCAAACGAAACGCGGGCUUGACGUGCGGCGGUUACAAGGUUAUUCAUUGCAGUGGCUACUUGAAAAUCCGCCAGUUUGUCUUUGACGUGACGCUGUACGACGGCUGUUACCAGAUUGUGGGGCUGGUGGCUGUGGGCCACUCACUGCCACCCAGUGCCAUCACCGAGAUCAAGCUACACAGCAACAUGUUUAUGUUCAGAGCCAGCCUGGACCUCAAGCUCAUAUUCCUGGACUCCAGGGUGGCGGAACUAACUGGAUACGAGCCUCAGGACCUGAUAGAGAAGACUCUGUACCAUCACGUCCAUGGUUGUGAUGUCUUUCACUUGAGAUACGCCCAUCAUAUGUUGUUGGUCAAAGGACAAGUCACCACCAAGUACUACCGGCUGCUGUCCAAACACGGAGGAUGGGUCUGGGUUCAGAGCUACGCCACCAUUGUACACAAUAGCCGCUCGUCCAGACCACACUGCAUUGUGAGCGUUAAUUAUGUCCUCACAGACAUCGAAUACAAGGAACUGCAGUUGUCUCUGGACCAGGCGACAGCGACCAAGUCCUCAUUUCCCUACAAGAUGCUACUGUCUACCUCACAUGAAAGCCGAAAACAGCUGAAACCCAAGAUUACCAAACUGAAAUCCAAACUCAAAUCGUCUCCUUAUCCACAGACGUACAAUUCAUUCCACGCUGAGAAGGGGGAUUGUGAGCAGGGCGCUGGCUGGGGAGGAAGCCCACUGCUGAGUGUCACAUCACCCCAGGACAACGUCCCGCAUCAGGAGACCAGUGACCUCCUGUGCGCCCAGUCCUACGGGCUGCCUUUCCCUUAUGCCUGCGGCCACUUGACCCUGGACCCUCAUGCUCUUCCCAACAAGAAGCAGGUGACGACGGCGGCCGCUCAGCGGACAGCUCAGGGGCCGGGGCCGGUGUGUGAUGGGCCAAGGUUUUACGUGGGAGCCUUUCAGCCGGCCAGCGACAACUACUGGCAUGUGACUAGCUCGUCCCCGAUACCGAGCCGGUCAACCCCCAAGAGCCUGCAGGACCCCCAGAUCAGUGACUCCCACUACUGCUCCCCCACACUCAGCUAUCGGGAAGCGUUGCCCAACCGAAGGCAUUGCGAGACUGCGGCACCUUCCCGGUUCCCGAGCUGCGCGCCGACCGGGCUGGACGGCGAGUACAAGGCGGAGGCGUACGUUAACCCCGCAAAGUUGAGCAAGAUGGAGCUCCCGCCCACUCCGCGCGGUGCGGUGAAGGAAGAGUGCAAGGCGGCGUACCGGCGGGAGGAAAUGGCCCCCGCCCACGGGAAGGGUUUCCUGACAACCAUGAGCAAUUCCAUGUUGGCCAAGUUGGAUUGCCGUCCGGCCAAAACCACGGGGAGGAUAAGCCGGCAGCUCUUCCCGGGACAGGUGCCGUACGAGCCGCCCAGGCGGACCUGCGGGAAGGAGUUACUGUACCCGCCCGGCAGCCGGCACAAAACUGGCGCAGACGGCAUGAGUAGCGUAGGAGCGAUGCCCAAACUCUGCGAUGGGAGAGGACGCCAACAGCAGCCGGAGGCAGUGGGUAUGGGACCCUCCGGACAAUCCCACCUGGGCUCCCUGACCUACAGCCAGCUCUUUGCCAAGAAUUCCUCCUUCCAGAGGUCGUCCUGUGCUGUGGCUGGUUACAUCAUGGACAACCGAGGCUACUGCGCCCACGAGAGGGACUCUCUUACCUACAGGGACCCCAGCCCCGCGCUCAACUCCUCACCGGACCCCCAGCCAGAGUGUGUCCUCCCGCAUUACAUAGGGACCUCGGUCAUCAUCACCAACGGGAGGUGACGAGGAAUCCUGACCUUGCCUUGUUGUGAGAGGAGAACUUCUGUUACACUUUCCCAGGCACAGGCCCCGCCAGGGAAGGCUCCCCAUUCGUUCAGCUGUCCCAGCAAUCGGCGAAGAAGCUUUGCAUUUCUGAAGCUGAAAGAUCACCACACUCCCUCCCUCGUUCUCCCCCUCCAU